AUGGUAGUUACAUGCCAUUUUGUAGAUUCUGAUUUCAAGCUUCAAAAACGCAUAUUAAGUUUUGUUGACGUGCCUCCACCGUAUUCUGGAGUAUGUAUCUAUGAUUCCCUUUUUAAGUGUCUAAAGGAGUGGAACAUUGAGACAAAGGUGGUGACUUUGACAGUGGACAAUGCUAAGACUAAUGAUGUGGUGGCUAGAAAAUUGAUGGAAAAUUUGAAUCUUCAGAAGAAACUUGAUGUUGGUGGAAAAUUAUUUCAUGUGCGGUGUUGUGCACAUAUUCUUAAUUUGUUAGUUCAGGAUGGUCUUGGAGAAAUUGAAGACAUAAUUCAUAAUGUUCGUGAGAGUUUGAAACAUGUCAAUGCCUUUUCGGGUCGAUUGCAUAUUUUUAGUGAACUCGCCAAACAACUUUCAAUGCCAAAAAAGCACUUGAUUUUAGAUGUUAGUACCAGGUGGAAUACUACAUAUGCUAUGUUGUCUACUGCUUUAGAGUUCAAAGAAGUGUUUGUGAAUUAUGUCGAUCGAGAGUCUACAUACACUACUUUACUGAGCGAGGAAGAUUGGAAAAAAGUUAAAGAGGUUUGCUCAUUCUUGGCACUUUUCAAUGAAGUUACAAAAAUAAUUUCAGGUUCCGAAUAUCCUACAUCCAAUUUAUUUCUUAGCGAAUUGUUUGGGAUAAAAGAAGCAUUGGAUGCAAUAGUUUUAGGAGGAAGUGAUUACAUGGUAGCUAUGGCUAUGAAGAUGAAGAAAAAUUUUGACAAGUAUUGGGGUACUUGUAACUUGUUAAUUUCAAUUGGUGCCAUUUUAGAUCCCAGGUAUAAAAUGAAAUUGCUUGAGUUUUCUUUCCAUACUAUUUAUUCACAUGAUGAGGCUUCGAGAGAAAUACAAAUAGUUCGAUGUAUUUUAUAUGAGUUGUACCAAGAAUAUGUUGAGGCUCAUAAAGCAGCAAAUGUUGUUUCAUCUACUGAUGGGAGUCAAAGUGUUAGUAUUGGUGGUACUUCUAAGAGUAGUGUUAGCUCCUUAUUCAGUCAGUUUGGUAAAGGUAUUAAAACUGGCACAACUAAAUAUGACCAAUAUAUUAUAAGUGUCGAUACUUUUACAUUUGUCAAGUCAGAAUUGGACACUUUUUUGGAGGAAGGAGUUUUAAUUGGUGAUUCUGGUGUAUAUUUUGAUGACUUGGGAUGUACUGGUGGGAGGGUUAUUGAUCCGCAUCGAUCCUCUUUAGGAACUAAGAUGGUAGAUAUGCUUGUUUGUGGAGCUGAUUGGUAUCGACAAUACUAUGAGUUGGAGAAAAAUAAAAACAAGCAAAACGAAGAUAUCAUACAUGUUGAGAUUCUUUGA